AACGAAAAAGAAAAACAAGAAAUACGGGAGAAUUUCUCUCUCUCAACUUAGCCUUAAAAACCCUCACUCUUUCUUUGAAACCUCUGUGUGCGACGCCGUUGCGACCUCCUUCUUCACUCUUCGCCGUCGGCCUUCGACCUUCCUUCGCACUCUAUCAUCAAUUGAACAUAAUUCCAAAGCAGGCAAUCACUGACACAGUAACCAACAAUGGCGACUCGUGACGGCGGCAUGAAGUCGACCUCAAUUAACGGUGUUAAAAUGUACACCAUAGCGUCGCAGCAACCUUCCCUCGCUUCCUGGCUCCCUUCUAAGAAGCAGAACUCUCAUCGCAACGUUAAAAGUUAUACGCAGAACCUGCAACUGCUCGAGGAUUUGCGCUUCACUACCGCCGCCACCAAAAUCAAGGCCACUCCCGACGGCGAAUACAUCGUGGCUUCUGGCAUCUAUCCGCCGCAAGUUAAGGUGUACGAGGUGAGGGAACUAGGGCUGAAGUUCGAACGCCACCUGGAUUCCGAGAUCGUUGAUUUUCAGGUUCUGACAGAUGACUAUUCAAAGCUUGCAUUUUUAUGUGCUGAUCGCUCUGUUUACCUGCAUGCGAAAUAUGGAAAGCACUACAGUUUACGGAUUCCGAGGAUGGGGAGAGAUAUUACUUAUGAUUGCUGGUCUUGUGACUUGCUUUGUGCUGCUUCAUCCCCAGAUUUGUACAGAAUAAACCUAGAGCAGGGCCGAUUUCUCUCCUCACUUAGCACACAGUCCCCUGCAUUGAAUGUAGUUUGUCGAAGCAAGGUUCAUGGAUUAGUUGCCUGUGGUGGUGAAGAUGGUGCUGUGGAAUGCUUUGACAUGCGAGUGAGAUCUUCAGUUGGUAGAAUCGAUGCUGUUGGACCUAGUGGUGAUGUCGACCAGGAGGUCACUGCAUUGGAGUUUGAUGAAGAUGGUGGUUUCUUAAUGGCUGUUGGAAGUAGUGCAGGAAAGGUUCUCAUCUAUGAUCUGCGCUCAUCACAUCCUCUACGGAUACAGGAUCAUAUGUAUGGCAGUUCAAUAUUGGAUAUUAAGUGGCAUCGUACUCUUAACUAUGAACAACCAAUGUUGAUUACCAGUGAUAAUCAUGUUGUUAGGAUAUGGAAUCCUCAAACGGGAGAAGGCUUGACCAGCAUUGAGCCAACAACAGGAACAAUAAAUGACGUGUGUACAUUUCCUGGCAGUGGUUUGAUCUUGCUGGCCUUGGACUGUAGUCAAAUACCAUCUUACUUCAUACCAGCACUUGGACCUGCGCCUAAGUGGUGUUCUUCCCUAGAGAAUUUCACUGAGGAGCUAGACAUGGGUGGACAAACAACUAUUUAUGAUCAUUACAAAUUUUUGACAAAGGAGGAGCUUGAGAGAUUAAAUUUGACCAAUCUAAUUGGCACCAAUCUACUUAGAGCUUACAUGCAUGGCUUCUUUAUCAAUCAUGCAUUAUACAAAAAGGCUAAAGCGCUGGCUGAUCCUUUUGAAUAUGAAGCUUAUAUUGAACAACAGAAGCGAGAAAAGAUAGAAGCUGAGCGUGCCUCACGAAUCACGGUCAGGAAAAAGUUACCCAAAGUUAAUCGGGCCCUAGCUGCUCGCCUCCUAGAGAGUGAAGAAGUGGAAAAUGAGAAGAGAGAUGGUGAUGACGAUGAAACUAAAAAGGCCUCCAAGAAAAAGAAAGGUCUUAGCAUGCAAGAUCUUCAAGAUGAACGAUUUAAAGCAAUAUUUACGGAUGAGGAUUUUGAGAUUAAGGAUACCUCAGAAGAAUAUCUGGCUUUACAUCCCAUGGGUUCUAAGAAGCAAACAUCCCUGUUAAAUGAACAUUUUGAACCUGUCAUGUCAGAUGAUGAUCAAAGUCUAAGUGAUUCUGAUGCAUCAACAUCAUCACAUGACGACGAACCUGCAAACGGAGCGAAAGAAAAAUCUCGGGUUCCUAGAAUGUAUGAAAUUAAGAAUGAGCAGCAUGCAGAGGCAUUCUGGAGCAAAAAAUCACUUGCAGGGGAGGAGUCACUUCCUAUGGGAGACAGAGUGGCAGCUCUGAAAUAUGAACAGCAAUCAUCUCGUGUUCCAAAUGGUAUUAAGCAGGGUCCAGGAGGAUCACGGGAAAUCACAUUCACCUCGAGAAGCAAAGCUAAGUAUAAGGAAGACGAAGAAGAUAAAGAGGUCCCACACAGGAAGAAGAGAGGAGUACAAUCCUUGGGGCUCAAGCCCCACAGACCUGUGUUUCGUGGUCAAGGGAGAGGAAAACGAGGGAACGGCAGAAGAGGACGUCGAUAACGACCUUAGACACAGUAAUUUGAUUCUUCUUAGAUCUUCUUUCUUUCAUUUUUAUGGCUCAGUUUUCCAUCCAUGUAGGUCUUGUGGGUUGAAGGCGCACAGGCUAGUAGCCAUGGCUGCAGGGCCACACACUCUUAUAUGUAAUAUGUAGCUUAAUAUCUUUACAUUUUUUAUCAUUUCCCCAAUUUUUGGUGUGCCUCUAUCAAGAUUAAUUAGGAUAAUCUCAAAUGUUUAAUGUUUAAUCAUAGGAAUAGGAAUUUAUCUCCCUUUAUGUGAGAAUGUAACAUGCAAUCUCAAUUUUGUGUUAAGUAUUUUCACCCUUUGGGGCUGAAAUUUCUCAUUUA